CGCCCCUUUCCGACGAGAAAGAUAAAGUCAAGGCGCCGCCUUUUGGAACCGGUCUUAGUGGGAAAGAUAGAACGGUGAGCCGCGUCGGAAGCAUUUCGUCGAGCAGUUGGUAUGCGAGCAAAGUGACGCUUACUGGGAAUUUGGGACCGUCCCCAUGAAAGCCAACAAAGCAGCGGUCCUUACAGUAGCUGAGAAAUGCAAGAACAUAUUGGCUUCGAACUGGCAGUGUCACCUCAGCACCAUCAAAGCGGACGCCAAAGGAAGCAAAGGGGAGAUAUACACAUCGAAGGUUAAGUAUAUAGUCAAGAGAGGGAAGCCCUACGUUUGGGUUCCAGAAAGCGAUGCACACAAUGUGAAUGCCAUCAUCGACGAGCGAGGUUCCUUGGCAAUUACAACCCCAUUCCCUGGUCCACUGGCGCAUCUUCUUAAAUCCGUUCAAAAGUUGCCAUCUCGGAUAGCUCUCACUGGUGAUGUCGUGCUUCUGAAAGAAAAAAAGGCCCAGCUGGCAACUGAAAAGUUAGAAGCACUUAUACUUUCCGAACAAAAAGCAGUUAACGAGCUCAGUUAUACAGUUCGUGGCGUAUUAAGUUCAACUAAUCCUGUAUUUACAUCUCGGUCAGAGAACCUUCAGGGGCUAACAGACGGUGGUGAAAAUUACAAUAUUUACAAGUUUGAUUUGAGAUCAUGCACAUAUCUCAGCGGCACUGGAGGAACUCAUGAGAUAGAUUUGGGGGAGCUCCAAACAUCAAAGGCAGAUUCAUUAGCUCCUUACUCUGCCAUGCUCAUUGAUGGAAUCAAUCAAAGCGAAUCAAGGAGAAGGGCCCUGGUGCUUUUCUGCUUCACCUACUUGAAUGCACGUGUUAAAGAUGCCUAUAUUCUGUCUCUGGACCGCAAGGGCACAGAUGUCCUUGGAAAGGUCCCCAAUCCCACAUCAAACGAGCAAUUCCAAUGGAAAGAGUUUCGCUUCACUUUCAAGGAAGAGGCACCUGAUGUGGAGGCCCUCUGCUGCCAGCUCGUGGAAAUGGAAGAGGAAGCCAUCAAGAAGGUCUCGAGCUACAGCGGCUUAGGUUGAGCUUAGCAAUAGCACAUCAGCUUUCGAAACCAUAGCUUCAUUAGUUUCUAUUCUUGAGUCUUGGGGAGAUUUGGUUUCUCGAAUUGUCUCCUCCAUUUUCAGAACAAAAUGCCCAUCCAUUCUAUCGAAAUGUGUUGAGAAAGUGCUUUUAGCUUGUGUUUCCCGAGUAUUACCAUCGCAUAGUCUGAGCGAAAUACAAUGUUGUAUUGGGCAAUAAGUUUGUUUGUGUGCAUCUCUUGUUGUUUUUAUGAUAUGGUAGUGAUGAUUUCUUCAUAAAA